GAAUUUUUCUGCACGCCCACUCAUCCGAGCUGAUUCAAAAUCCGUCGAGUAACAACUGCAGACGGCGAUCCACCCAGCCGGAGAAUGGAACGGCUUGUCUUCACCGGCACGGCGGCGGCGCAGAUUGGAGCCGAGGUCGCCGCUGACCGCGGGGAUGAGGGCGGUCGUGCUGCGGCGGUGGAACGCGGCCGCCGCCAUGGGGGGCCCUGGAGUUGGGAUCGCGUGCUCGCCUCUGCCCCGAAUCGAUCCACUUUGCUGCUCCCGCGACCUCCCGGUCGUGGAGGGGCGCUGUACCAGGAUGAGAAAGCUGUCACGAUGCCGCCUGCCUGGACCUUGCAUUAGAUCAUGUUCUUUUGCCCACUGAACUUGUUUUUGUGCCUCACAAGCUUAGCCUCUUUGAAGUGUCGUAGAGAAGAAGAGGACUAAAGACAAGGGUGGGGAGCUAUGCCACAUGCAUCUGUCUUGGGAUCAGCAUUGCAAAACAGAAAGUUUCAGAAGGGAAAAGGAAAGGUUCAUGUAGCCAUGAGGCCCUAUAGUGUCAAUGAGCUUGCAUUGCUAGCCAUUCAGCCAUCUAGAUCAGACAAAACUUUUAGCUUUAGAUUCCGAGAAAGGAGUAAUUGAGUGCAUUCGAUCAUCACAUUUCUAGUUGAGCAUACAAAUGCCUCCAGAAGCAUAAGUUGAUUAGAAAGCUCCUUGUGUUCAACAAUACAUAGAAAUCAACGGCAAUGAUCUAGAUCCUCUCUUUCUUGAAUGGAAGCCGUUCGAUUAGUAAGAUCAAAUGAUCAGUCUCAAUGCAAGAAAUAUUUAUGUGUACUGCAACCUUAUUUUGAAGGGGAUAAAUGAUCUGUUAAAAAACUGGCUGUAAUUUUCUCCUAAACUCCUCCAACUCUACAAUGCCAACGAAGCAGAUGGCGUCGCAUGUAAAGAGGCCAGCGAGUAGCCUUACCCAAUUCU